UCCUUGACCGCCCUGCUGACCGCCGUACUGUUGCUGGCCAUUGUUUUGGCCGUAGCCAUUGUUGCUGCCCUGGUUGUAGAACUCGCUAGCCUCGCCACGGUGCUGCUGCUGACCGUAGCCGCCUUGCUGGCCGUAUCCAUCUUGGUUGUAAGACAUGUUGAGGGUUUAUAGUAGUAGAGAAUGAAAACAGAAGUGGUAUGUGCAAAAUCGCAGCGAAAACCUCCUUACUGACCUUAACUUUAUAUAACCCCUCUAUGCCCCUCUAUGCCAUGUCAUCAUGCGCAGUGUCAUCAUACGAAUCGCACGAAAGCUGUCUCAACAACCGGCCGACACCGCCACUCUCACGGCGACAUUGUGGGGUGGGACAGCAGUGCUCGUCACAUCGAGCCCAUCCCAGCCACAGCUUAGCCAAUGGGGCCGGUACUCUGAGACUGAGGCCGCGUUCCGUGGUCAAUGCAACGGAAGAGUCGGCGGCGAUGUGGUCGAGAACCGAGGCCACGUAGCGACGACAGGGCUACCAGAAAUGCAGGGUCUCAGUGGUGGAUCCUAGCGUGA